CAAGUGACGUCGGUUUCUCACUGCAUGACCUCCCAAUCGUACUUGUCUUGGAUUUGAGACAAACGGUUCCCGUAUCCACAGCAAGAUCCUCAGGCCAGCAUCCUUGUUGGUCUCGAGCUGCCUUGCCAGUGCAUCUAUGCUGAGGAUCCUCACCCUGUACCGGGUCCAGUAUUUUCCUCUCAGGAAAUGCUGGCCACCACCCAAAGUGGACAUAAAGUAUGUGAUGGCCGAGGGACAGGAUAGCCUCGCGGAAUGGAAGUCGAGGUCCGACAGUCCGACGCCCUGUUGUAGAGACUGGUCCCCUGCUUCAAGGUGUCUUUUGUUCUGUCCAGGUGCUAUAGUAUUUCCUCAGGUUCUUUGUCUCUUCUUGCAGUUGCGAAUGCACGAUAGCAGCGUGCAGCCGCAAGUGGCGGCGAGGAGGAAUCAUGGAGAGAAUCCUAGAAUUGCUGGAAGAGCAGAAAAAUUUAGUGAAAGAGCCAGUAAUAGCUAGUUGGUGAGAGUCAAAGCUAACGAGACUUUUUGGACGGUUCAGGAUGCACAUCAGACUGAUACUUCCAAGCGGUCAUGGCCUGGUCACUGUCUAGACGAGAUCUCGACUUUGGAAUGAGUAGAUUCUGUAUCACCUAUACGCAAGGUUGGAAAGACU